AGUACAGAAGAGUUCCUCAAGACAUCAGACACCUGGAGAUCCACCUGCAGCCUUACAGCACAUAUCACUUCCGGGUCAGAGCUGUCAAUGGCAUAGGAAUAAGCGAGCCCAGUCCUCCCUCAGACUCAUACAGCACGCCAGCAGCCAAACCUGACAUGAACCCAGAGAAUGUGACGACGAUGUCUACUGAUUCUGACAGUAUGGUCAUCACAUGGCAGGAACUGGAGCAACAACAAUUUAAUGGACCAGGUUUUAAGUACAAGAUCUACUGGCGUCAAGCUUCAGGCAGGAGUCCACACUGGAAGGAAAGCAGUGCCUCAAAUCCUCCGUUCAUUGUGAACGGCACCGGGACUUUCAUCCCCUUCGAAAUUAAAGUUCAGGCAGUCAAUGAGCUUGGUGCAGGACCAGAACCAGAUGCUGACAUCGGCUACUCGGGGGAAGACUUACCUCUGGAAGCUCCUUCAGAGGUGGCAGUGACCGAGCUGAAUAAAACCGCUGUCCUGGUAAGAUGGAGUCCAGUCAGCAUGGAAUCUGUCCGCGGACACUUACUCGGCUACAAGGUACAUUAUCUAUAAACCAUCAUUUAUAGUUUCUGCACUUGGCUCCCAGCUAGAAAUUGUAUUGUUCUAAGAAUGUUCUGAGAACAUUAGGUUAAGUUCUGGGAAUGUUUUCAGCGGCA